GGCGGCGGCGGCUGCCGCGCCGGUGGCGACGGCCGCGGGGACCCGGAGCUGAGAGGAGCUGCUGCUCGGACCAGCGCGGUUAUAUUUCACACUAUGUGCUGACUGUAUCUACAGAACAUAUUUAAAAAAAAAAAAAACUUUUUCAAAGAUUUUGAUUCCAGUGGAAUCUUUGCUUUAGAUUUGUGUGUGUGUGUGUGUGUGUUAGUGAAUUGUAACUCCAGAAGCAAUGCCUGUACAAGCUCCACAAUGGACGGAUUUCCUCUCCUGCCCAAUUUGCACUCAGACUUUCGACGAAACAAUUCGAAAGCCCAUCAGUUUGGGUUGUGGCCAUACUGUCUGCAAAAUGUGCCUGAAUAAACUCCACCGCAAGGCUUGCCCAUUUGACCAGACCACUAUCAAUACAGACAUAGAGCUCCUCCCUGUGAACUCAGCAUUGCUGCAGCUGGUGGGUGCUCAGGUCCCUGAGCAGCAGCCCAUUACUUUGUGUAGUGGGGUUGAAGACACAAAGCAUUAUGAGGAAGCCAAGAAAUGUGUAGAAGAAUUAGCAUUGUAUCUGAAACCACUCAGCAGUGCUAGAGGAGUGGGUCUGAAUAGCACCACUCAGAGUGUUCUGAGUCGCCCAAUGCAGAGGAAGCUGGUGACUCUGGUCCACUGUCAACUAGUGGAAGAAGAAGGCAGGAUUCGUGCCAUGAGGGCCGCUCGAUCUUUGGGCGAACGAACAGUCACAGAGCUCAUUCUCCAACACCAGAAUCCUCAGCAACUCUCUUCCAAUCUUUGGGCAGCAGUCAGGGCUAGGGGUUGCCAGUUCCUUGGACCAGCAAUGCAGGAGGAAGCUUUAAAGCUGGUUCUGCUGGCGUUAGAAGAUGGUUCUGCUUUGUCAAGAAAAGUAUUGGUUCUCUUUGUGGUGCAAAGGUUGGAGCCACGGUUUCCUCAAGCCUCUAAAACUAGCAUUGGGCAUGUUGUCCAGCUCCUUUAUAGAGCCUCCUGCUUCAAGGUUACCAAACGUGAUGAAGACUCUUCUUUGAUGCAGCUGAAAGAAGAAUUCCGAACCUAUGAAGCACUGCGGCGAGAACAUGACUCCCAGAUAGUGCAGAUUGCUAUGGAAGCAGGCUUACGAAUUGCACCAGACCAGUGGUCCUCAUUGCUUUAUGGAGACCAGUCUCACAAGUCUCAUAUGCAGUCCAUCAUUGAUAAGUUGCAGACCCCAGCCUCUUUUGCACAAAGUGUUCAGGAAUUAACAAUUGCUCUCCAGCGGACUGGAGAUCCAGCAAACUUGAACCGACUAAGACCCCAUUUGGAGCUGUUAGCAAACAUUGACCCUAGUCCAGAUGCUCCUCCUCCUACUUGGGAACAGCUAGAAAAUGGGCUGGUUGCUGUGCGUACAGUGGUACAUGGGCUGGUUGAUUAUAUUCAGAAUCAUAGCAAAAAAGGAGCAGACCAACAGCAGCCUCCACAGCACAGUAAAUAUAAAACAUACAUGUGUCGAGAUAUGAAGCAGAGAGGAGGAUGUCCUCGUGGAGCCAGCUGUACAUUUGCACACUCACAGGAGGAACUGGAAAAAUUCCGUAAAAUGAAUAAGCGCCUGGUUCCCAGAAGACCCCUGAGUGCCUCUUUGGGUCAACUUAAUGAAGUGGGCCUGCCUUCAGCAGCUAUACUUCCAGAUGAAGGUGCAGUGGAUCUGCCUAACAGAAAACCCCCUGCUCUGCCAAAUGGAAUUGUAUCAGCAGGGAACACAGUAACAAAGCUGAUUCCACGAGGGACAGACACCAACUACGAUUCUAGUCUGAAACCAGGAAAGAUAGAUCACCUGAGCAGUAGUGCCCCUGGAUCCCCUCCUGACCUGCUAGAACCUGUCCCCAAGAGUAUUUCUGCCUUACCUGUGAAUCCACAUCCUGUACCUCCAAGGGGACCAGCAGACCUUCCACCUAUGCCUGUCACCAAACCACCUCAGAUGGUAUCACGAGGCUCUCAGUUAUAUCCAGCUCAGCAGGCAGAUGUUUAUUAUCAGGAUCCUCGCGGAGCUGCUCCACCAUUUGAACCAGCACCUUAUCAUCAGGGCAUGUACUAUACUCCACCACCACAAUGUGUGUCCCGCUUUGUCCGACCUCCACCAUCUGCACCUGAACCUGGUCCUCCCUACUUGGAUCAUUAUCCACCCUACCUCCAAGAUCGUGUAGUAAAUUCUCAGUAUGGCACACAGCCACAACAAUACCCACCUAUGUACCCUCCACACUAUGAUGGCCGUCGACUAUACCCUGCUCAGUCUUAUGGGAGAGAGGAAAUUUUCCGAGAAAGUCCUAUUCCCAUUGAAAUUCCAGCUGCAGCAGUACCGUCCUAUGUACCAGAAUCCAGAGAAAGAUAUCAACAAAUGGAUGGUUACUAUCCAGUGGCUCCUCAUCCAACUCAGAUCAGACCAUACAUGAGAGAGCCUUCUUAUAGCCGGUUUCCUCCUCCUCCGCAGCCCCAUCCUAGCCUAGAUGAGCUGCAUCGCAGACGGAAAGAAAUAAUGGCCCAGCUAGAGGAAAGAAAGGUCAUUUCUCCACCUCCUUUUGCACCAUCACCAACAUUACCUCCUACCUUCCAUCAGGAGGAAUUUUUGGAUGAAGACUUGAAGGUAGCUGGAAAAUACAAAGGAAAUGAUUAUAGCCAGUACUCCCCUUGGUCAUGUGACACCAUCGGCUCCUACAUUGGAACCAAAGAUGCAAAACCCAAAGAUGUUGUGGCGGCAGGGAGUGUGGAAAUGAUGAAUGUGGAAAGUAAGGGAAUGAGAGACCAACGACUGGAUCUUCAGAGAAGAGCAGCAGAAACCAGUGAUGAUGACCUCAUCCCAUUUGGAGAUCGACCAACAGUAUCUCGGUUUGGUGCCAUCUCUCGAACUUCCAAAACAAUCUAUCAGGGUGCUGGCCCAGUGCAAGCCAUAGCACCUCAGGGAGCGCCCACAAAAUCUAUUAACAUUUCAGAUUAUAGUCCAUAUGGAACCCAUGGUGGCUGGGGAGGCUCUCCAUAUUCACCUCAUCAAAACAUACCUUCUCAGGGACACUUCAGUGAGAGGGAGAGAAUAUCCAUAUCAGAAGUGGCCAGUCAUGGAAAACCCCUCCCAUCUGCUGAGAGGGAACAGCUACGACUAGAAUUGCAGCAACUAAAUCAUCAAAUUAGCCAACAGACCCAGUUACGUGGGCUAGAGGCUGUUAGUAAUAGACUGGUGUUGCAGAGGGAGGCAAACACCUUGGCAAGCCAGCCACAGCCCCCACCACCACCUCCAAAAUGGCCUGGAAUGAUCUCAAGUGAGCAGUUGAGCUUGGAACUACAUCAGGUGGAAAGGGAAAUCGGGAAGAGAACCCGUGAACUGAGUAUGGAGAACCAGUGUUCUCUGGAUAUGAAAAGCAAAUUGAAUACAAGUAAGCAAGCAGAAAAUGGACAACCAGAACCACAAAAUAAGGUUCCACCUGAGGACCUUACAUUCAGUGAUAUGCCGAAUGGAUCAGCUUUGACACAAGAGAAUAUCAGCCUCUUAUCAAACAAGACCAGUUCUCUGAACCUGUCAGAGGACCCUGAGGGAGGAGGGGACAACAAUGACUCUCAGAGAUCAGGAGUUACACCCAGUUCUGCCCCCUAAAGUAGGAAGAAUUCUACGUUUACCUUUUGCCCGUAAUCAAUUUGUGGGGCAUAGGGGUAGGAGAACGGAUAACUUCUGAACGUUUUUCUCUGAGAAUGAUCAGAGAAAUCCAGGAAAAGCACCCGGAGGCAAUGUGCACAAACACCACUACUAAAAACAAACCCUGCACAUAGUUCAUAUUAAUGCAUUUUUUAAUUUAAAAAAGGAAAGAAAAAGAAAAUUAGCAGUAUCUGCAAGCAAUUCAGAUUAAAUUUGUUUUUGUUCUGUGAAUGAACUUUAUUUUAAUAACUUUGGACGCCUUGGAUCCAGGGCUUUAAAAAAAAAAAAGAUAUUAUAUAUACACUCUGUUUGAUUAAUUGUAUGAUCUUAAUGAAGUAGGUUUUUCUUGUAUUUUGGUAUUAUUACAUACCCAGUGUAUAAUUCCUUACCCUAAACCUUUCCAACUCUCACAACCCUUUAAAUUAAAAUAGACAAAAAGCACCAGUCUUUCUGGAAAUUCUAUGGUGCUUGAGAAACAGAUACAGUAAUAGACUAGUUAUUAGAAAAUGUGCAGCAAACCAAUCUUUCUGAGACUGUGGAAGCCAUAAAUUUUUUUCCACCUUUCUGGAUCACUAGUUUCAUGUGUAGGCAUGUUUUUCUUAUGACACUAAUAAAAAUUUUGUUUUUAUUUUCAAUUUCUCAGAGAGGCAAUUACCAAUUUUUGAAGUUCUUAUUUCCAUAUUAUGGAUCCUUUUUCUUUUUCAAUGUAAUCAGAAAGCUGGAUCGAUGUUUGGAUUGUUUAAUUGUAUUUAAAUGGACUUUUAAGAAUGAACUGUGAUAUAUAAGCACUGAAAAUACAUGGUUGAUGUAUUAUCUAUAUUGAACUGAUAGUUGGAAAUUUGGAGCUAUGCUUUUUGAAACUAAAAACUUUUGUUGAAAUCAUAAACCUUUAAAAAUUAGGAUAAUCAACCAUGUUUUAAAGCUGCAACAGUUUACUUGAACUUAAAAUGAAGAAAGAGCCGUAUUAUUUCAGUGGAUAAGUUUUUUCUCUCAGAACUCAAACAUAAAAUUUAUAAGCUGGAGCCCCUAACUUUGACAGAGAUAUGGUAACUAUGAACUGUCUGGAUCUUUAAGGGCAGUUUACAAAUUAAUCAGUUAACUGCCAUUCAAAAUCACUAGCACAUAUAUAGCAAGUACCUAGAAGUCACUUUUGAUAGACUGAGCUUUACAAUACUGAAAACAUUAUGAAAAUGUCAAAAAGAUAAGGAUGAAUUUUUAUUAUUUAGUUCUGCUGCACAUAUUCUGAUGCCACGUGUCUAUUCUGAACUAAGACCCUAUUAAAAAUGUUUAGUGGGGAUUAUUUGGUGUAGUCACCCUCCCAUCCCUCUGUUGCCUGAUUUUUAAGAAAUUUUCCCUUUCUGGAGUAUACUACUAAUUCAGAAAGCACUGGUUAUGUAAUAAGUUACUGCAUUGCUUUGGUUGGGUAAAAGCAAGAAUUUAUGUUUUCUUGUUUCUUAUUUUCUUAACCCUUAACUCCUGCUGAGGUCAUAACAACCUCAUUCUAAGCUCAGUGUCCAUCAUACUGUUAACUGAAACAAAUGGGGGGAGGGGGGGUAAUACAGUCCUGCCAUUGCCUACCAGUAGGAGAGUCCAAACAGAACACUCUUUUGAGUAGCGAUUAUUUAAUUUGCCCAGUCAAGGCACCGUGUUUAUAUACUAUUUCACAUUGAAUUUGAUUAUGCCCUACAGACCUGGCUGGUCAAGGAUUUGAUAUACACAUAUUGGCUUGGGAUUCGAGCUUUCUUUUUUAUUUAAAUAAAAAUUUAUAUAUAUUAUAUAUAUACAGAUAUACAUAGCUAUAUCUGUAUAUAUAUUGGGUAUGUUUUAAGGAUUUUUUCGCAUGAGUGCAGCUGUUGCCAUAAAAUGACUGAUUGGGAGGUAGAAGCACUGAAUGAAGAUGAGGCAUUUUUUUCAGUUGAUAAUUUUUUCUUUUCACAUUUUUUUUGAAAAAAUACACUUGCUUUUUUGCCUUUUUCUUUUUUGCUUAAAACCCUUUUACAUUUAUUAUUUAAGUGUUUAUUAUUUUGUGGGAGAAGGAGAGAAACUUUCAUAUGUCUGAGAGUCCCAAGAUGUUUUAUUUUUCCAUAAACCAUUAAAGGCAACACUCCUGCCCCUUUUAUAGGCAGAUUUAGGCAGACCUUAUUUCUCCUUUGGACAAGUAAGAUAAUUCUUCAAUUUUAGAAGCAGUUACUUCAGUUUGGAAUUCAAGGGAAUUUAUGGGUAUUGAUUUUGUUGAAGUUCAGAAUAAAAGUAAAAUUUCAUUUGAGUAUAUUGAAACCCCCAAUACCUGAACUUCUGUUAUUCUUUUCUUUGAAAUAGUCUCAUUCUUGCCUUCACCAUUUUAAUUUUGUGAGCUAGACAGGAACAGGGAUUAAUUUAUACAGUAUCCCUAUUCUGAGUUAAACCAGAAAAGCCAUUGUGAGUUGAUCAAAAUCGUUUCUUUCACCAUUUAAGGUAUUUUCAAUUAAGGGGGAUAAAACUCUUAAAUUGUAGCCUUAAUUCUAGCUGUACUUCUCUUAAAAGAGAUCUGGAUGGGUAGAAAAGCAGAAGAAUGGUAUACUCUUCCAUUGUGCCUAUAACUACCUAUCUUAAAUUGGUCAUUUUGCCUUACCUCAUGGAAAUCCUUACAACUUCCCCUAGUGCUCACCAGCAGUUUUAGGAAUUCAAUAAAACCUCCAGAGGUGGGGGGAGGGGAGUGUGGUUUUUUUUUUUUUUUUCUGUGAUAUGAUUUGUAAUGUGAUGGGCCUAUAAGGGUAAAUAACAUGUUUGGGCAAAACUUCUUGACUCUUUAAUUCUUCAAAAUUUGUGAAAAACAUUGAUUUUUCUGGCUUUUAAAUUGUAUCCCUUUAAGAGAUAAGAGAUGAAACUAAUCAGAUAGGAAAUACGAUUUUUUUUUUUAAUUUUUUUGCUUUCUACUUAUUAAAGUAUUUCUUCUGAAGAUAACUUUGUUUUUCACUGAAUUCAAAAGCAAGACUUGGACAUCUCAGAUGAACAUGACAGUUCUGAAAAGGUUUAGGGUAGGAGUAAUAAACAUUAUAUUCACUCUUGUUUACAUAACAUCACCAGGAUUUUGUUAUAGCCAGGAAUAUAUAAACACUUUGACUUACUCUUUUUUCAAGAUCUCUGGAAAAGGAGAACUGAGAAUAAGACUCUAGAUUCAACUUUUUGAUUUAUGUAGUUCUUUUGCCUUACUUAUAGAUACUGUCACAAAAUAAGUACAAUAGCUACCCUAUCUUGGGUAAUUUACAGAAGCUAAAGUGACCAAAGAUGCAUUCCUUGUUACUUUUUUAGUUAAAAGAAGUUAAUUAUAGCCUAAGUUUCUAGUAGUAGUAUUCAAAUGAUGGACAUUAUAAUGCCAGCUUCAAAUAGUCAGCUACUCAGCGUCUAUAAAAGUGUAUUUGGUAUAGCAUUAAUGUGGCUGAUUCCUUUCUCCCAUCUUAUUUCCCUUCCCCUCUCCUAGUCUUCCCUAUAUAUUUAUUCUUUUGCUUAAAGGACAUGAAAUUGGUAUGAUUCUCAUUUACCACCCUACAUAGGUAACCCCAUCAGAAUGUCCAUAGGUCUUUAGAGUUGGAGCGCAAAGUUUUGUUUCCUGGUCCUUUUCUAUCUUGCAAAUUCCCCUUUUGACUCACCCAUUGCCCUCCCCAAUCUGCAACAGUGACAGUUUGCUGCCUCAAAACAGAGCAUUCAAAUGAAUUCGCUUAGCCAAUAACUUCUAUGAAGUUGCCUUUUCUAAUGGUGUUAUUACUCAGUGAUGCACAAAUGUGGUAUUUGCCCUACUGGUAGGCAAACAAAGGUCUGGUUAAGAAUGGUAACCUGCUGUUUUCUUUAAAGGAGAGCCAAAGACUUGUGCUUUACUCUGUUUUGGUUUGGGGGGGAAGUAGUGUCCACUUCGAUUGAGAAACCUUUUUGUAUUUGUGAGUUGAUGUACUAUGUAGGUAGAUUUAUCUAAAGUUAACUGUAACAGUUAGCUGGCCUUAUAAAAUGUAAAAGUAAUGAAAAUUCAUUUUCUCUAAAGCAGUGAAUGUCAUUUUUUAUAAUUCUAUGAAAAGUUCUUCCUCCCCUUUUUUCUGGAGAUACCGUGUAUAUUUGUUUUUUAACUUGUGCCUAAAGGACAGUCUACCUAUUGUCAAGCCAUAGGACUUUAGUAGAAUUCAUGAGCAUGUGACUGGUGAGAAACAAUUAGAGUUUUGUGAGUACAUGUUAGAUUAUAACAAAUUUGGGGGGAAAAAUAGACUAUUUUCCCUGAAGAGAAUUGGGUUCCUAUUACUUACAUAUAAAAUGUUGAUGAAUGGAAGUCUUAACAUCUGUUUUCUACUUUCUUUUUGUUCAUCUUAAAGAAUUAACUAAAGGUUUCAAAUAUUAAAUCUGUCUGUAAACAAAGUACCUGGAAUGAUAUUUAAAAGAAAAGCUCAAUUACUUUUUAGGAGAAAUUAAUAAUCUGCCUGGGAAUUAACUGCAGUGUUUAGAUUUUUCCCUUUAAAGAAUCCAACUGUAUUUAUAUUUUUGGAUGGUUAUAGUGUUGCAAGAGAUUCUCUUCCCUGAAAAAUGUGCCCAUCCUUUCAGAUAAAAAUUAGAGCUACUAAACUGAAGCAGAUUUCACUUUCAACAUUAGGGAUUAAAGAAGAAAGCAAUCUACUGUCACUUUACCUGAGUGCCCAUUCUGCUGGUCCACAUUCAUACCUUUCUACCUUGGACAGCUUUGGCUUUUAUAUUUAUUUGUUGCUUCAAUUCAGCUUUAAGAAAUUUUCCUGCUGACAUAACUUAUUGGAAUGUUUAGGUGGAUUGCAGUUAAAAUAUAUAUAUAUUUUUUUUUUAAAUUCUUAAUUCAGUUUUUCUGAGCCACUUGGGGGGGGAAAAACCUUUUUGUCAAAGUUACUAUUGAUCGUAGUAAAUAAGAUUUGGUUUUUAAGAUUUUAUUUGACUGCUAAAGAUAUUUUCACAUAUAAUAGAUUCUAACUGAUAUAUAAUACUAGCGAUAGUGUUAAUAAAGAAUAGGAAGCUGCUACCAUCAGGAAGAAGUAAUGCUUUUUAAUAAUAAAUGUGUUCCCAAUAGGUGGAUUUUCAAUACUGCACUGAACAAAGUGGGUACAGAGCCCUUAAUAAUCCUGUUGUGAUAAAGGGACUUACCUCACACUGGAAUCCUUGUUUUCAGAAACUCUUGAUUUUUCAGCCAAACACUGAAUUUUCCUAAACUGUAUUACUGAGCAAAAAUCCCUAGAAUAGUAACCUUUAUUUUCACAAGAAAAUAUGGCACAGUUACCUAAGAGAGAAAACCGAAAAUAAACCUCAAGACAAUAUUGUAUCCAAAAUGUGUAUUUAGAAAAAUAAAAUCCUGUGGAGUUGUUAUUCUAAUGUAUAUUAUAUACUAGAUAAGGUGACUUGUUUUCCUGUAUUAAGGUCUCACUGUUUAUGGUUAUUUUGUUUUAUUUUUAAAUGCUAAGUAGACAGAGCUCACAAGUCUUUGGCAUCCCUUCUAGGUUGUACACUUAGAGUCAUCUUAUAACUGGAAACUGUCAGGUGGCCCCUCACCCCUAUCCCAGCUGGUAAAUGAAAGGGUCAAGAAAAGGAUGGAAACAAGCUAUAGGAUGGAUUUUUUUUUUUUUGGUCUGAUUUUUAAAAAUCAUUAAUUUAUGUAAUCUGCCUUCACUUGAUUGGCUGCCAUUCUCACAGUAGCUGAAUGACCACAUAAAAUAAUUCUCAUUUAAAGGCAUUUUAAGAUUUUGCUUAUUGUUUUUACAUCUUCUAUUCAACUAAGACACUGUCCUGAGAGCUACUUUUUUUCUCAUUUUAUUGCCUAAGUUUUCAUUAUCAUUCCCCCUUUCAUCCUCUCCUCUUUUUCCCACCUUCUAUUAAUAAGAAUAACAUGGAAAAAAAUACUUGCUUCAUUUUAUGCAUUGAUCUAUAACCCUCAGUACCUUACUUUAUGAUUAACCUAUGACUUUUUGGACUAAGAGCAUUGAAAAAACUUAAAGAUAACGAACAAAACCUUUUACUCACUUAAACAUUUUCCAGUUGUGAGAUUCCUCUUUGUGUGUGUGGUCUCUUCCUUCCCCUUGUUACCCCUGCUACCCCUUUCCCCUGACUAUGGUCAAUUUGGUCUUUAGGCUCAUAACAGUCUCCCCGAGACAUUUCUGCAGUCAUUAUCACCUUUUUGGGUGGAUUUUGUUUUGUUUUGUUUUGUUUUUAAAAAAUAACUUUUUAACAUUAAUGCAUAUUUGCUUGGGAUAGAGCUUGUGUAAUUUACCAAUCGUAUUGAUUGUAUGUGAUUGUGCCCUGCAGAGGUAUAUUUAACAAGACAAAGAUAAUCUAGGUUAAUAAAGGAGCCCAUGAGAUUUGAGUCAGGUUAUAAAUGACUUCAUGAAAUCAUUUGCAGGUUUGGAUAGUGAGAAUUUUUAUCUCCUAUUCUUAUAAGUCAGUGCUAGACAAAAUACCAUUUUUUAAAGUUUUCUUGCAUUCCUAUUUUUUUCCUUGUCUCAGCUCCCUGAUUUUUAUUGUCUGCUUCUACCUACCUAUUCAGAAAUAAAAAUAUUGAGCCUUAGAGUGAUAGUUUGUUUUAAUUGCUGAAGUUUGUGAAACUUUACUUUUUCUUAGUAUUUCCAACUUUAAAAUAAAAGUGAAGACUGAUAAGUAAUGGGUUGGAAUUUCACAAGCUGUGAAUAAUUCCCUAGUAUCUGGCAAACUGUGAAAUCUUAUUUGAAGACUUUAUCUCCACAAGGUUCUUCUGGAAUAGAAAAAAGAGCUCUUUUUGAAAUGGACCGUUUUCUUCUCUUUUUAAAUCUAUUUAUACUUCUAAUUUUUAAACAGCCUUUAAAGCAAUUGAGUGGGGAAAAAGCAAUAGUAGUAGGAAAAUGUUUAGGGCAGCAGAACUCAAUCUAUUGAAUAAGUACAUAUUUCUCUUGUUUCAGGUUUUUGAGAAGAUUUAGGGCCAUCUUUUUCAACUUUGUAUUAUUUGUGUGCAUGUUGUUUAUAUCAAAGAUGCCACGUUUUCUUAAAAAGCUAUUUCCUUUAUUACCGUGGAAACUGACUCAGCCUCAUGUUGCUCCUAACUAGUGUUUAAAGCUCCCAUGAGUUGCAGAUAAAAGGAUUAUUUGAGCAAGUAGGAGGAGGUGUGAUUCACCUUUUGGUUUGUAAAUAUAUGAAAGUCUCUACAAGGUCUUUAUCUGCUUUCUGUCAGCAUUUAUAUUAAAUGAUAAAUUAAUGAGGAGAAGCGUGUAGUCUUUUUUUGUAAAUGAAUCUGUGCUAUCUUAUCCUAAUCUUGGGGUUAAUUCUCUUAUACCUUUUAAAUGGAGUGUUUGUCAUCUUUUAAGUAAAAAAUAGAAAAGUAGAUAAUGUGCACAAGCAAGGAAUUUUGCCCAAGCUUAAAUACACUACAGUCCAAUAAGUUCAUUUGU